AUGAACAGGAAAGCUGCAUCUAUCUGUGAUCUUGUCAUAUCCAAAAGAAUUGAUGUCUUAGCCCUUGUUGAGACUUGGCUGACUGCUGAAAACAACUCUAAGUCUACCGUGGUUGAAGAGACAAGCACCCGGUUGCCUGUUCCUAACUGCUCAGAUCCCACUGUUGCCGAUGUAAUAAACACUCUACGGGACUUUGACUUUAUUCACCUACCGCGUGCUGGACGAGGUGGCGGCAUUGGUUUCUUUCUUAGAAAGGCUUUAAAUGUUAAACCUAAUACGUCGACUGUCUUUAAGGCUCUGGAAUAUGUUGAUCUCUCUAACACUGCAUCGAGCUCAUCGAUGCGUCUAGUCACCGUUUAUAGACCUCCACCGUCUAAAGUAAACAAGCUUACUACUCGAAUGUUCUUUGAUGAUUUCUCUGUUCUUCUUGAACACCUUGCAAUGGAUCCUGGGAAACUAAUUAUAACAGGUGACUUUAAUUUUCACAUUGAAGACCCUGGUGACGCUGAUGCUGUCAGACUGUUGGAUAUGCUCGAUGCAGCUGGAUUCGAGCAAAAGGUAGUAGGUCCUACGCACAGAAAAGGCCACACCCUUGACCUAGUUGUUGUGCGGGACGGCGACUUGUCAGUGCGCAAACGUCUUGAAAUCGUUGCAUUCCCUAACUCUGUAUCUGACCAUAGUGCCAUUAUUUGUGAUGUUGACAUGCCAAAGCCAUGUGCCUCCAAGAAAAUACUCCAUCGGCGUCCGUUACGGAAAAUUAACUUCGACUCUUGGUGCAAUGACAUCAGGGAUCCCGCCAUCUACAGUUCUGCUCCGAGUGAUGACUCUGACUGCAACGUCUUAUGUGACCAGUAUAACACUGUGCUAAACCACUUCAUCGGGAAACAUGCUCUUGUUCGCACUUUUUCAGUUACACUGCGACCCUAUUCACCUUGGUAUGAUGAUAGUCUUAGGUUAUUGAAAAGACAGAAACGCAAAGCAGAACGGAGAUACGUUUCAUCGAGAUUAGAAAUCCACCGCCAGAUGUACGAAGAGAAGUGUAGAGCUUACAGCAUUGCACUGAAUGUAGCUAAGCGGAACUUCUACAAGGAUCAAAUAUCUGGUUCCAAUCAGACGCAGUUAUUUCGUUUAAUCGAUGGCCUUUUCAGGGUGAAGCCGGUUCCGUUGCUACCAUCAUACGAAUCACCUCAAGCUCUUGCAGAAGAUUUCAUCUCAUUUUUCACUACCAAGAUUCAGCAUUUAAAGGACAACCUACGAUCAUCGCCCCUGUUAACGAUGGAGAUGUCAGUGACGCCAGCUCAGCCACAAUGUGUGGCGUCAUUCCCUGAGUUCUCUGCUGUAUCAGUGAGUUAUAUACGUGAUAUUUUACAACAAUCCAAGUCUAAAUCGUGCAUAUUAGAUCCUGUGCCGACAAGUGUACUAAAACAAUCCAUUGAUGUUAUUGCCCCGGCCAUCACUUCCAUUGUCAACGCAUCUUUGUCAUCUGGUGUUUUCCCUACCUCUCUCAAGGGUGGAGUGAUCAACCCUUCCAUCAAGAAGCAGUCUUGA